AUGGAAGACAGCGCCAUAUACAUUUCGAGUCUGAAUGGUCAAGACAUGACCUAUUACAUGUCAAAUUUCGAUCAUUCCGAGUAUCACAAGGGCGCAUCCGGGGAAUAUUUAAAAAUUAUUGUAUUUGGCGGCCUGGAUGGUAUAGUCACAAUUUUUGCCAUAAUUUCUGGAUGCAUUGGGGCUUCUAUUGAUCCUAUAAAAAUCAUAUUCAUUGGAUUAGGCAAUCUGUUUGCAGAUGGCCUCUCCAUGGGUUUGGGAGAGUUCGCAAGCCAUAAGGCCGAAAUGGAUUACAUUGAUUCUGAGAUGAAGAGGGAGACAUGGGAGAUUGAGUAUUUUCCGGAAGAGGAAAAGAAUGAAAUGUACAACAUUUACACCACACGUUAUGGAUUUAGUGACGAAGACGCCAAAUCAUUGGUGAAUCUGACCUUCAAAAACAAGAGAUUCUUCCUAGAGCACAUGAUGGUUGAGGAAUUGGGUUUGAUUGCCAAUGGUGAUGAUAAAUCAUCACCUGUGAAGCGCGCUUUAAUUAUGUUUCUUAGCUUCAUGAUUUUUGGCAUAAUACCACUAGUAGGAUUUUCAUUGUCCAUACUAGUUCCACAUACAGAUUACUUGAAGACUAUACAAUCGCUAACUACAGGGUUAUCGUCAAUAACCUCCCUCUCAGUGUUGGGUUAUUUCAAGGGCUAUUUUGUAGGAAACAAACCACUAUUGUCAUCACUAACAAUGGUGGCUACUGGCGUACUGGCAGGGGGGGCUGCUUUCUGCAUUGGAAUUCUUUGCCCUACCUAG